AUGAUUGUGACACUCUCGACGGCAAUCUACACUACGGUGGCCACCCUUUGGCAGGUUCAACAGACCCUAAUCAAUUGGAUGAUGUCGUUUAGUCUUUUCAUUUUGGGUCUGUUCUGCAAGCCGUAUUUGAUAGUUCCCCUGUUGGCAGCUGGGUUCUUCAUGGUGCGCCGGAUCUUGCUGCGGCGGGCAAAGCGGACCCAAGCCUGGAAAUCGCCGGGUAACAACGAGUCUGGGUCGUCCAGGCAUUACUCCAUUAAAACCCCACCAUCACGCGACACGGAGAGCUCCCUGCCCAAUAGCGUCGGUGACACAUCCCAGAAGUAGUCGAGCAACGGAUAAUCACACGAUUCACACGGGUUUAUAAAACAUAUAACAUACGUCUGAAAUACUACAUACACAUUCCAUGAGAACACUCAUACAUGUGCACGGGGGUGGAUGGAUCCUAAGACUAAAGCAAUUAAAAAAUACUGCACUGUACCAUCGUUUCAUCCAAAAGAAUACUAGGACUUGAGCAGAGUGGGGAUGUCUACUUUGCGCAGAGCGUCUCUUGCUUUGAGGAGCAUAGUAUUGUGCGGCUGGCUAGUGAGGCUGGCCAAGUGAUGCAUAUACCUGUCAAUGUUGCCAACGCUCGGACCGGACGGUUCCAGCGGAGGCAAUGGGACACCAUUGAGGGCUGCAACCAGCUUCUGGCGCAGACCCUUCACGUACGCCUCCAGUCGCACAUUCUCCUCCUUCAGUUCGGCCACCUCGCCCAUUACCUUGGCAUAGCCAACCUUGGUGUUGUCCACGUGCUGCUCCAGCACCGCAUUUAAAUGUACCACCUUAAAUGUACGCUAUAAUUUAGAAUUUAACCUUUUUGAAACAACCACAACAACACAACUAUCAAACAAAACUAUUUUCUAUUUAAGUUUUAAUUUAUUUUUGAUUAACUUUUUUUUGCUGUUCCUAAGAAACAAAUCCAAAAAACAAAACACAUUAAGAAGAAAAAGGCUUAAGUUCAUUAACGAAGAAGUAAAACGACGAGACAACCAUUUUGUUCAAUAAUAAAAGAAGAAACAACAAGUUUUAUUUGCUGCAAGAAGACUGUACACAUAGA